AGGGACAGGGCUGAGGAGAGGAAGGCGAUGCGACGGACAGGCGCACCCGCUCAGGCUGACUCUCGGGGGCGAGGUCGAGCCAGGGGCGGCUGCCCUGGGGGCGAGGCGACGCCGUCUCUUCCUCCACCUCGCGGCGGAACCCGAGGACAGGAGCCUCAGAUGAAAGAAACUAUCAUGAACCAGGAGAAACUCGCCAAACUGCAAGCACAAGUGCGCAUUGGUGGGAAAGGAACUGCUCGCCGAAAGAAGAAGGUGGUUCAUAGAACAGCUACAGCAGAUGAUAAAAAACUUCAGUUCUCCUUAAAGAAGUUAGGGGUAAACAAUAUCUCUGGUAUUGAAGAAGUGAAUAUGUUCACAAACCAAGGAACAGUGAUCCACUUUAACAACCCCAAAGUUCAGGCAUCGCUGGCAGCGAACACUUUCACCAUUACAGGCCAUGCUGAGACAAAGCAGCUGACAGAAAUGCUACCCAGUAUCUUAAACCAACUUGGUGCAGACAGUCUGACUAGUUUAAGAAGACUGGCUGAAGCUCUGCCCAAACAAUCUGUGGAUGGAAAAGCACCACUUGCUACCGGAGAGGAUGAUGAUGAUGAAGUUCCAGAUCUUGUGGAGAAUUUUGAUGAAGCUUCCAAGAAUGAAGCAAACUGAAUUGAGUCAACU